UGCAGCCAUUUUGCAGCAAUUUCAGGACAGUAGGACUGGGCCAGCAGUUUCCGUCCAGGCCAACAGCUCAGAGAGAAAUAGUGCAGAAUUAUGGCGGAGACAACAACGAGAUAUAUUACCAUUCAGAAAGGUCAAAAGUUUCCUCAGUUGGAGAAAUGCACAAAAUGCUGCCACAAUUCUCACUGUCCCCUUUGUAUGGCCAGUACAUUUAAGCCCUGCAAAGUCAACAAAGUCAAGUUGCACUUGAAAUGCCACCUUAACAAAGCAGUUGUCCAUGGAGAUUUCACUAUUCACAGAUGUGGACUGGGCUGUAGAGCAUCACUCCAUUACCACUGUAUGUACUGUCCAACAACAAUUCUUAGGAGAGGUGAUUUUAAAAAUCAUUUACAAGUCUGUAAGCAUAAUCCAAACUCAGAAUCAGCCACAAAAAUGCUGUCAAGCAACAGUGCGUCAGUGACCGCUCCAACAGUUAUGAACACACCAUCAAUCAUCGAUACAGCACAGACAGUUUCUUCAGUCACAUACACACCGUCAACCUCCAGUGCAGAUAUGACUGCUCUGACAAUCACACCCACCGCGACAGGAAAGUUUCGCGUGCGGCCUGUUAUUAAAAAAAAUUGUCCAUCGUGCAAUGUGCUCAUCAAUAAAAACAACCUAGUAAAACACAUGGAGCGCAAACACGCAGAUCAGUCUGAAUUAGACAUUGGUGAGACAUUUCAGCUUACAAGCCAAUGUAUAGAUGAGAUAAAUGGGAUAUUCGUAGUUCUCAAAGUCGUGAAAGGCCACGGCGUCCUGCUACACGUACAAUGCCAGACGUUGGGCGAAAACAGCAGAGUCCUCUGCGAAUCGAAAGCGUGCCAGAUUAACAUAGAUGUCGCGCAGAGGAGCGGCAUCACAUCGUACCAGUGCAUGCAUAUCAGUGCAGCGAGCUUUUGCAAGUCUUUGGUGGAACAAGUCUCACUGAAGGAAGACGUUUUAACAGAGAUGGUCAGAGGAAAAUGGUUCAGCAAGAAAAAGAAUGCCUCGCUCUGCAGCAGCUUACCAAUAGUAGCUGCCAUUUGA